AUGGCUCUAUUCCAUGCUAGUCUAAGGUUCCGGGCGUGGAAUCCGCUCUGUGACCCAUCAACAGAUCAGUGGGCUCCGCCAGCCUCCGACAAGUGGGUAAUUGGAAUUCGUAGCUCAAACCCAGCCAUUGAGCGGGGGUUAGUGUGCUGGUCGGGCAGAAAGGGUAAUCCUCGAAAGGCUUCGCAGAUCCGGCAUAGGGGGAAUACUGCUUAUGGCGUUGCAAAGGAAAGAAGCAAAAUCGGUAUCUAUUUUCCUUGCGGGACGGAAACCCGGAGGGAAGCUCUCCUUUACGCUGACUCCUCACAGCCUACCACUAAAGAGAUGCGAAACAAGAGGGAAGCGUGCUCCUCACCUUCCUAUGCUGCUUCUCCUGCUGAUGCUUUGCUUUCAUACGAUUUAUCCGAGGUAGAAUGCCUGAUUGACUGA